AUGUCGUGGAGCGGGCCUCUAGCGGGAGCUGCACCAUACCAGGCGCCUCCACAUGCUAAUGGGCAAUCGGGCUUUGGCCAACUUCCGCCUUACCGUUAUGGCCAGCAGCUACCCUAUGGUCAGUAUCAGAAUGUACCGUCGUAUCCUGGGCCACCGCACCGACCACAAGAUACUAGACCACUUAAGAAGAAGGGCAAUCCGAUAAUAACACGUUAUCCACCUCCUCCUGGGUACCGUGGGCCGGCGCAGCCUCAAGUUCCUUUCAACACUCAUCAACAGCCUGGUCAGUAUCAACCGCCACAUCAGCCAGCCUUCCCGCAAGCACCUCAAGCGCAGCACAAAUACCCCAAAAAAGGGUAUGCUGCUGUACCCCCCCAGCAAGGCUAUCCUCCUCACACUUAUGGGCCACCGCAGCCGUCAAGCUAUCCUGCGUCGCACCCUCAAGCUCAAAGCUACCAGUGGUCCCGGCGACCUUCUCUAAAGGCACCCGCAUAUCCUGGAACCCAGGGCUAUGGAGCUCCACAGUCGUCUUACCCGCCUUAUCCGCCACAUACUGCGGCAGUAGAACCUAGUCAACGCGCGGGGUGGCCACAAGUACCAGCUCAGGCCUCAUACCCACCGCAAAGUCAAUACAACGCGUACAUUGGUCCAGCUACCCACGAUCAGCCGAUGUCGGACCCAAACGCGACACCAACGCCUUCUACCGCCCACCUGGCUUCCGCUCCACCGGCACCAUCACAUCCACUUACGAGCAUUUCACAUGACAAUGCGGCUGGCAAAAAGCCAGAUCUCUACCUUGCUUGGGAUGAUUGGGACUUCGACUUUGACGGCGCCAUAUGGCCCAAGAGCAACGAGCCAGUGGACCCGAAUCUCAGCUUAGGCGUAAUCAUUUGGCACCCGGCCAAACAAAUGACCCGAGCGUUGCCCGCCACUUUCGAAGAAGCCGAAGAGCAGUCUCUCAAACCCACUCCGGAGAAGCUGGGUAAUGGAGAGUCAGUCUCGAUUUACUUUACAGCGGAUAACUCCCACGAAGCAUUUCUGGAUGUCAGGCAAACGGACGACUGGGAUUACGUUCAGGAUGACCCUGCAUUUGUCGUAUUCACAGACGAAGAGAUGCAACACAAUCUUAUACCAGUGGAGGACUGCAUUGCGCAGCGAGACCGAUUAGACGAUUCUGUCGAAGUGGAUGCGAAGGUCGGGGAUGCCGUGAUGCACGAGGCAGACUGGAGUAUCAUGGAUCACCUCGAACAAGCUCUAUCGACCAGUGGUGAGGAUGUGAAGACUGCAGACCUAACUCGUGCGGAUGAGUCCGCCAAUCCGCAGACACAGGAGGACAUCCUUGCUUCAUUAGGAGUUACCGGGUUGCCGAAGCCAGUAUCGGGAGAGCCAGUUCCUUUCCCCGUGCCAUCGCCGGAGGAAAAGCCGUCAGUGCUGCUACCUGUAAAGCCUGCAGCGUCUUUGCAACUAUCUGCACUAUCCCAAACCCAGACGGACCCACAGAGGAGCCACCCACUAGACGGUCCUCGCACUGUUGGUCACCCCACUGCACCACAACGACCCUAUGGUUCGAUGUCAUCAACCAACGGCCGACGUCCUCUACCUCCACCUCCUCCAGAACAUGACCGAUACGAUCCAUGGAACCCCAGCAAUCGACAGCAGCAAUACCAUACCAAUGGUUUUAACGGCGGACGAGGCAGCCCCGCGCGAUCUGAAGCCAGCGACGGGACCGCUGCUGGAUCUGAUUUCGGGACUGAGACACCUGCUGAAGCUAGCGAGCAAACUGUUGUACCAGGGUUGAAAUGCGAACAAAGCGACAGCUCCCUCUCUAGAAAGAGGAGCUAUGGUGACACAGACGCCGACGACGAACGAUUAAGACAGCAUGACGAUCACACUAAGCGGAAGCGACGCUCGCAAGUCGACGCUGCAUAUGGCCGCCGCUAG